AUCAAUUCCAAGGGAGAAGAGUUGCAUUGCUCUUCAUUAAUAUAGCCCUCUUGUUAUUCUUCCUUGUAAGCCACUAUAUCUUCUAGGGAAACCAAAGCAAAAGGGAAAUUCAAUCUAUUUCUGUUUAGAUUUCUCCUUGAAAUUAAGCACUUGUGUCUCUUUUGCUAGCCGUUAUCAACCCCCAAGUUUAAUUUAUUCAAUGAAUAAGUCAAGGGCAAUCCAGAUGUGGGCAAAGUUUAGAGUUUCAAAGAUUACAAGAGGUGGAAAAGAAUUGAAAGAAUGCAAAAGCUUGAAUGUUAAUGAAGAGUACCUGAGUGCAUUAAGAACCAAAUCCUAUGCAGAUUUUUUCACCAAAGCUCAGUUGCUGGUUAAUGAACGAUCCUCUCCAUCAUACAGCUGCUACCCUCCCAAGUUCUCGGAAACCCUCCUUGAGCCUGAUCAGGACACCAUUCCUUCAAUUCUUGAAUCGGCAAUCUUCUCAAAGGUACCUGGACUCAAAGCCUUGAUGCUCAAUUACUUUGACAUAAGUGCAGAAGCUUCAAAAAUCUGCAGUCACCUCCUUAAAGAUAUCAGCCAAAUCCAGUACAAUUACCAGUUCAUUCAACGUGCACUCGAUGCAUUUGAUGAUUACCAUUCUCCUGACAAGGAUUUCAAGCUAAUUCAUGAUAAGUACUCCUCUGUCUUGAACCAUCUAAAAUCAAAGAGAAAAAAAGUGGUCAAAAAGAUCGAGCUGAUCAACUGUGUGCACAAGGCAUCAGGGAUAUGCAUAAUGGCAGUAUGUGGAUUGGUUACACUGACAGCUAUUGUAAUGGCAGCACAUACCCUUGCAGCGUUGCUCAUGGCACCCAUGAUUUUCAGCUUCCCUUUAAAGAGCUUCAAGAAGAAACUCUUCAGCUUUCCAUAUCUGAAAAGUGAUUUCCUUCAGAAGAUCAGGGAGCAGCUUGAUGUGGCGGCAAAAGGCACUUAUAUUCUGAAUAGAGAUUUCGAUACAAUAAGCAGGCUGGUAGCAAGGCUGCACAAUGAGGUUGACCAUAACAAAGCCAUGAUACAGAUAUGCUUGGAAAGAAGGGAGGAUAAAAUUGCUUUGCAGGUGGUGAAGGAGCUGAAGAAGAGCAGCAGUGGUCUUAGGAAGCAAAUAGAAGAGCUUGAAGAGCAUGUUUAUCUGUGCCUAGUCACUAUUAAUAGGGCAAGAACCUUGGUGGUCAAGCAAAUAACAACACACAUAUAGAAGGUGUACUAGUUCAUGCAUGGUUCUUCAUUAUAUUAUUUUGUGUAAAUUAAUAAUGAAAUUUUACUGUU